AAUAAUAAUAAUAAUAAUAAUGCAACAACCAAAAAUUCGACACAUUUCACCUCAUCUAUCAAUCAUCAUAUUGCAUUAACAAAUGAACAGGUGAGUUUCAAUGUAGAAAACAACUCCGAAUACAGUCAUAACAUAUUAGAUAGUCAAACUAAUCAUUAUGGACUAUCGUCUUCGACCAAUUCACCCUACGGGAAUUUGUCAAGUCAAUACUCGACUAAUUCACAUUAUACAACAAAUCAGCCGCAUUAUCCUAUUGUCACAUUGAAUAAUAAUAACAAUAACAGUGAUAAUCCAUUUAGAUAUGCAAAUUCAUUCAUUCCAUCAGUUAAUUCAAAUCGCCAUUUGCCUUCUAUAUCAUUAUCAUUAUCACCAACCUCGACAACAACAACAGCGUCAGUGACAGCACCAUCGUCAGUUACAGCAGAAACAUAUCAAACUAAUUUAUGUGAUCAAAUUGAGUUUUCACUGAAUUCUCAGUUCCUUCAACCGCCGACUGAAGAAUUUAUCACAGUAUUACCAAAUGAAACAGAAUUAAUAAAAACAUCUGUAUUGCGUCAUCUGGACCAUUAUUCACAGUUUGUAAAUCAGUCACCGUUUCAAACAUUAGUACAUCAGUUAGUAACCAAUACUACUAAUAAUAGCAGUAAACAUAACUUUGACAGCAUUUCAACAUCGACAAUUGAUGAUGACUUAAUAUUAUGUCAUAAAAAUAUUUUAUCUAAUCCACAUAAUAAUCAUGAAUUCCUACCAUCAUCAGUGUAUCAUUAUCAACAUGUUCCUGAAGGUGAACUUGUUAAAGUAGAAAUGCUAAAUGAUGCUGAUGAUAAUGAAAAUGAUGAUAACACUUAUCUACAUCAACAUAAACAGCAUCAACAAAGACAACAAUUUCAACAAUUAUUACAACCAAAUGAAUAUAAUACAUAUAUAAGAAACUCUCGACAGACUACAUUCAACAAUUUGAAGUCAUCUUAUCCUGAAAAUUAUGUUUCAAAUGAACAAACAAUAAUUCCAUCAUCAAUUAUAAUACCUUCGAUUACAAGUGAUGGAUUUAGUUUAUCAACUAAUUGGACACCAGAUAAGAUGAAUAUGUAUCCAGAUGAAAUAUCAUCAAUGUCACAACACCCACAUCGUCAAUCUAGUAAAUAUUUAACAUCACCAAAUCAUUUCACAUCAACUCCAUUAUCAUCAGAAGCAAACUUUGGUAAUCGUCAAAUAGAUUAUUUGAACAAUAGCAUUUAUAAUAGCCCUGAUCUGUUACAUAAUACAACACCACAACGUUUAUUAAUUACAGAAGCCAAACAACACGUGUCGAAUAUAUCCAAAUCUUUUGAUAACAAUGACAAUAGUAGUUGUAGCACUAAUAAUAAUAAUAUAUAUUGUCUGCCAGUUUCUACACAAAUCGCUACCACUACCACUACCACAAGUGAGAAUUCCGUGAGUGUUUUUAAUCAAACACAGCUUCUUUUUGAUGGGUCCUCUUCAACUUCAUCAGCUGCAUCGAGAUCUUCAAGUUCACUUGGCAACGCAUCGUCAGAUAAUAAUAACAAUUCAGGGAAAAGACCUCAUUGCCUAUUAAAUGAAUUUCAGACUCAUCUACAAAGCACAAUUAAUAAAAAUACUUGUCAAACAUCGGAACUUGUCAGCAAUCCACCAGCAUCUUACAUAACUAAUAACAGUUUCCAUAUAACAUCGCCAUCGCAUAAUACAUCAAUAGAAAAGACUGAUAAAUAUACAAAUCCGGAUUCAAAUAAAUCAUCUAUUGACACAGAACAAAUAAUAAGUGAAAAAACUAAAAUCGAUAGACGAAAACAAACAGAACUGCCAACAACUAAUCCUACAGUUACAUCACUAAAACGUACUAAAUCAAUGAUGCAUUCAGAUUCAACAACGAUGUCACUGAAACCUGAACGAUCAAGUAUACAGCAACAAACAGCCUCAUCAUUACGUAAACGUGGUCGUUAUUCUCGUAUGAAACAAGCAGAAAUGAGUACAGAUAAACAUCAUUUGAUCAACACAGCGAUAAAUGAAUUACAAACUUCACAGUCAACGAUGAAAACUGUAGUAAUGAAGUCAAAUAUAUGCGAUGAUACAAGUAGUAGUACAGAUGACGAAUCUGAUUCAGAUAAUGAUGACACUGAAGAAACUAAAGAAGAGCAUGUUAUUGCACCUGGUUCACAUGGACAGUGUCUACUAUGGGCAUGUAAAGCAUGCAAGAAAAAAACAAUGCAAGUUGAUAGGAGAAAAGCUGCAACAAUGCGUGAACGACGUCGUUUACGUAAAGUUAAUGAAGCAUUUGAAACAUUAAAAAAACGUACAUGCGCUAAUCCAAAUCAACGUAUGCCAAAAGUGGAAAUUUUAAGAAAUGCUAUAGAUUAUAUUGAAAAUUUAGAAGAUAUGUUACAACAGAAUGGCGUUAUACCAAUGGGUAUGACACCGUUAACAUCAGCAUUGAAUGUAGUUACUACAUCUCAAAAUGAUAUUAACAAGAGUAGUGCAAUUAACCGUAUAACUCAAUGCAAUUCAUCUGCAACAACUUCUACAAGUAGUUUAAACAAUUAUCAUCAUUCUAAUACAUCUAUAAAACAACCAAAAACAACUAUCAACAAUAAAUAUGGUAAAGAACAAAAUGAAACAUCUUCAUCAGUGACAAAUCAACCCCAUUUAUCUAAUAAUAACAGAUGCCUAUUAACUUAUACAUGUUCUCAAGAUAGUCCUAAUUUAUCAAAUUUCAGAUGUGAUUUUAAUUUAGAAAAUGGGAAUAGACAUGAUUCUACCGAUUCUCUUACAGAUUUGUCACUUGGUAGUUUACCGACAGAAUGUAGACCUGAAGAUCAACUAAAUACAAUGCAUAAUUCAAUAUGUUCCCUUAUUCCAACAACAAAGGAUUCUAAAUUAAUCGAUUUUAACAGUAAUUAUUCACAGACAACCACGUGGAAUAUGUGUACACCUUACGAAACGAUGGAUAGUUUAAAAACUGGUGAUCAGACACAACCUAUUUUAGUAUCAGACAAUCGAACUACUUUACAAUGUAAUAAAAGUAUUGGGAUUCCAUUAGCUGGACAUUAAUCUAGUCAAAUGAAAUGUUGAAUGCUUCAAUUAAAGAAAAUAACAAAAAAUCUAAUAUAUUUAAACAAGAGUUUAAAUACAAAAAAAACAAUACUUUAUACAUAUAUAUAUUUCGAUAGUGAAGUCUAUCGUAACUCUAAUGGUUACUAUCCAUAUGGGAAUUUUCCAUUGAAUUCCAUUUAUUAAAAUAGGAAAAUUUUUAUUUAAAAGGAAAUUGAAUUUUGUACAUAAUUUUUAAUUAAAUUAAUUAUCUUGCAAAAAUAUUUAAAAAAAACAUACAAUUUUAUAUUUUGGAACAAUGUACCAUUAAUACUAAUAACCGAUUAUAAUCAUUAAUAAAAAAUAAAGUAAU